AUGGCAAGCGUUGCUGGCAAGCUCGGCAGUAUUGGACUUCGAAAGGCUGGCAAAGCUGUCGGUAAGAAGACCGGCAAGCUUGUGGCGAAAAAGAUAGCAAAGAAAGUGGUCAAAUCAGGCAUCAAGGGUGCUGUCAAGAAAGGCGCCAAAAAAGGGAUUAAAAAGGGUGCAAAAAAGGCAGCAAAGAAAGGAAUAAAAAAAGGUGCAAAGAAGCUUAUGAAAAAAGGAACCAAAAAAGUUAUGAAGAAAGCAAAAAAGGGGAUAAAGAAAGCCGCAAAAGGCGGUGGAAAGGAGGAGGACAAGCCGCCUCCUAUGGCAGUAGGUGAAAAAGACAAACCAAAGAAAGGGAAGGAAAAGGGAACCGAUAAAAAGAAGGAAAAAGGACGGGAAAAAGACAAACACAAAGGAAAAGACAAAGGAAAAGAAAAACGAAAGGAUAAGGCCAAAGAUAAGGGUAAAGAAAAGACAAAGGAUGAGACGAAGGGUAAAGUGAAAGAUAAGGCGAAGGAUAGGGGAAAGAAGAAGGGAAAAGAGAAAGUGAAGGAGAAGAAAUUGUCUGCAGCCAAAAAGUUGAAAAAGAGUGCUUCAGAUUCCACUGAGCAAACUUCUGGGGAAAUAUCUACUGAAACUGAGUCCAAGAGUCUAGAGCAAUCAAAACCCAAGCAGGGGAAGGAAAUGCCAACGAUCGGUGGAGAGAAAAAGCCAAUUUUACUACGACGGAAAGAAUCUGUUACUUCUAAAAUAGUUGAUGAAAAAGGUUCUGAGGAAUCAGAGGUGACGACAGAGAGAAGUGCUAAAAGUGACAUAUCUCAGGAGAAGAUGAAGGGGCGGCUUGCACGUCGAAAGAGUACAGUGUCUGAAGAAACCAGUCUUCCAACAAGUGUCACAACUAGUAAACCAACUAGCAGUGCUGAAAGCUCUGAGGCAACGCAGUUAACAGCUUCAUCUGAGCCAUCAGAUCAGACCUCGUAUUCAGCCAGGGAAGGCGGUGUUAGCGCAACUCCUGCCACACAGCCUACGUCAUCUUCAUCAGCUCCUGCUGGUGGACGCCCGUCGAAAUAUCGUGAACGUGCGAUUUCCCAGACAGGUUUCCAACAACCGGAAGGGUCUAGAAGCAGUAAAAUCAUUACUGCUAGUAAGCAAGGACGUGUAUUAUCAAAAGAAGACAAGUUAUUGCAGAAAGCACAGAAUAUGCCAGGAUUUGAAAACCUGCAAAAGAGUGUUCAUCAAGAUGUUUUAACUAAAGAAGCUGCCAACGAAGUUGAUGACCCAGAAUUUAAUCUGAUGCUCUUCCGCCUGGCUAAAAACAUGAUUAUGGAACAACCAGCCAAAGAGGACAAAGUGACAAGGCCUCAGAAAAAACACAAAAAAAGGAAAGCAUCAGAGUGGCUCGAAGCACUGGGCCUAGUAAUCAAAGCUCAAAAUGAAGCAGCAGUACGUCGGCACUCCUGCCAAUCACGAACAACCGUUUGCUUUCAUGAAACCCCAUGUAAGUGCCAGUGCCUCUGUAAAAGAACUGAAAACCAAGCUGACGAGGUUCUAAAAGGUGAUAAAGAAGUGGGAAGACAGAGGACACCAGCGCAAACUAGCGCUAUACAGGGGGAUUUAACGGAGCAGAAGGUACAGCCCGCAGAAGAAACCAGCAAGCCGACUGUAGAAAGCAGUGGCAGAACUGAGAACACAUCCGCUUCGACUAUUUCUAGUAGCUCAAGAGACAGUUCCGUGAGUGUGGAAUCUUCAGAAACGUUCCAUAAAAACACUAAAAAGUUUUGCAACCUCAUUCGAGGGCUAAACAAUGUUCCCAAACCUAGAGCUGUUAAAAAGAGACACACUGGGUGCAAUUGCAAGACGGCGACAUUCUCCACGCAAGAUCGGCACAACCUACCAGCUUCCGCUCCCGCCGCUUCUAUCCCACCAUGUAUACCGCCACCUGCUUGUUUGCCACCCACUUCUGUGCCGCCCGUCUCUCUGUCACCUGCUGCUCCGCCGUCUGCGCCUUGGCCACUCGCUUCCCUACCACCUGUCCCUCUCCCACCAAAUGCUAGUACCGAUUACACGCAGCAAAUGGGGCCGGAAUCUAUGAACGUAUUCCUCCUUGUUCCCGACGGUAGAGCAAUCACAGCACCGGUCUGUACAACAGCACCACUUGUCAAUCCAGACCCGAUGUUAUAUUCUCAUACUACUGAGCCUAGUAUAAUCUAUUACCAUGAUUUCUAUAUUUAA